AUGUCGGAAGUACAAGAUGAUUCACAGAAACCAAAAGAUGAAAACCUGAAAGAUGAAAACUUAAAAGAUGAAAAACCAAAAGAUGAAAUACCAAAAGACAAAAAACCAAAAGAUGAAAACUUAAAAGAUGAAAAUUAUGAUAAAGUUUUAGAGCGAAGGAUUGUUAGAAAGAGCAUCAUCGAUCGUGCUAACAUAGGGAAUGCUGCUAUAGCUGGAUUUGAUUACAAAUACUUGAAUUCCUCUCCUGCAGCUUUUAAUUUUGCUAUAGCUGUGUAUUUCAUCGCUUAUAUGAUAUUCGAAAUCCCUGCAAGCUUAAUGACUAAAAUAUUAGGUUUUCCUAUUUGGAUACCAAUUAUAAUGUUUUGUUGGGCCGCUGCCUCUAUGAGUCAAGCUGCAUGUACAAAUGUUGUCCAAUUAGGAAUUGUUAGAUUUUUAUUAG